GGAGUGGCGCUGACCGGGCGGGCAGUGUGCCGCUGCCGCGUCCAGUGAGAUGUCCCGCCACGCUGUCCUGGCCCUGCUGGCCCUGCUGACCCUCACUGGAGGGGACGCCAUCACGCAGACUCCAAAGAUUCAAAUCUAUUCGCGUCACCCAGCAGAAAAUGGGAAGCCAAACUACUUGAACUGCUAUGUAUCUGGAUUUCACCCACCCCAGAUUGAAGUAGAAUUGUUGAAAAAUGGAGAGAAGAUGGAAAAGAUAGAAAAGUCAGACCUUUCUUUCAGCAAGGACUGGACUUUCUAUCUCCUGGUGCAUACCAGCUUCACCCCCAAUGACAACGAUGAAUAUUCCUGCAGGGUUUCACACAUCACUCUGAAGGAACCCAAGAUAGUUAAGUGGGAUCAAAACAAAUAACCAGCAUCAUGAAGGUUUGAAGAUUUGAACAAUUCCAAAUUGUUUCUUUGCUUCUUAAAAUUGAAAACCUUGUAUACUUUAUGCACCCGAUAUGGAAAUUAUAAUAACAUUAAUGUAGGCAUUAUCUUUUUUAUAAUUCUACUUUGAGCGCUGUCUGCAUAUCUGUUUUUCAGGAAAAAAAAUU